AGAAAUCGAAUCGUAUAAACGAGAAUCGGUCUCAAGUUGAAACUUCGCUCUUCUUCGUCUUCUUCUUCUUCUUCUUCUUCUUCUUCUCGAAACCGCUUAGAAAAUGGGGAAUACGUUUUGCAUCUUCGGAGGUUGCAUUGAUCAAGCGAGCGUUGGUGUAGUCGAACGUUGGGGCCGAUUCGAGCAUAUAGCCGAGCCUGGGUGUCAUUUCUUCAACCCUCUCGCCGGUCAAUGGCUCGCCGGAGUCCUCUCCACCAGGAUCAACUCUCUCGACGUCAAAAUCGAGACCAAAACAAAGGAUAAUGUAUUUGUGCAGCUGGUUUGCUCGAUUCAGUAUCGUGUAGUGAAAACUAGUGCUGAUGAUGCGUUUUAUGAGCUACAAAACCCAAGAGAGCAGAUCCAAGCUUAUGUAUUUGAUGGUAACUUUUGUUUUUUUUUGUUUUCUCAUUCUUUCUUUCGAAUAAGCUCUUUUUUUAUUCUUAAUCUCUCUAAAUGUAUGUUUGUUUCCAAAAUCAAAGUGGUUAGAGCUUUGGUUCCAAUGAUGACGCUAGAUGCCCUUUUUGAACAAAAGGGAGAAGUCGCCAAGUCUGUUCUUGAGGAACUCGAAAAGGUGAUGGGAGCUUAUGGAUACAGCAUCGAGCACAUUCUAAUGGUUGAUAUCCUCCCCGAUCCUUCUGUACGCAAGGCGAUGAACGAGAUCAAUGCAGCACAAAGGCUCCAGCUCGCGAGUGUGUACAAAGGAGAAGCAGAGAAGAUUCUCCAAGUGAAGAGAGCGGAAGCAGAAGCGGAAUCCAAGUACUUAGGUGGUGUUGGGGUGGCUAGACAAAGGCAAGCAAUCACGGACGGAUUGAGAGAGAACAUAAUGAACUUCUCUAGCAAAGUAGAAGGCACAUCGGCUAAAGAAGUGAUGGACUUGAUCAUGAUCACACAGUACUUUGAUACGAUGAGGGAUCUUGGAAACUCGUCGAAGAACACGACCGUGUUUCUCCCGCACGGUCCUGGACACGUGAGGGACAUCAGCGACCAGAUACGCAACGGUUUGAUGGAGGCGGCUAGUGCUCACGUCAGUGACGCCUAAGAGAUUGGAUUCACUUCGGGUUGUUGUGAAUUGGAAUCUUUGAUUAUGGUUUAAAAUUAUGUUUUAUGAUUUCGUUGGAUUUUGCUGCUUCUUUAUUUUUUUUACACGGUUUUUAUUGGUGAUUGUAUAAUGGUAUAUAAAUAUGAACUCUUAUGAAGAGGAACAUCAGAAACGCAGACGCGCGCCAUUUUUGGCUUUUGA